AGGAGGGGACAGAUUUCAUAACGUUGCAUGUAUAAAUAACAGCUUGCAGGCGUGUACGUGCAUACUUCAUCUCUACACAGCUUCAAGAUACAACAUUCUACAACAUGAUUUGUCUGAAAGGAUUGAUCUUGCUGCUCUUUGCAGUGGCAGUACACGGAAGAGUUGGGGACUCCACAAGCGAAUCCAGUUACUGCACAGAGACCAAAGAGUGCUUUCUGUUUGACUUGGUGUGUGAAGGAGAUGGUUACGAGGUACGCCACUAUGAAGCUGCUAAGUGGGUGACCACAGAAGCUGAAUCCUAUUUCAUGGAAGUUGCAACUUCAAGAGCAUUCAGGAAACUUUAUAAAUACAUCACCGGAGAAAAUGAGGCCGGUGCAAAGAUUGACAUGACUGCACCAGUCCUCAUUAAAGUCAACGAGAAUGCGAGCAUGUGGCAGUCAUCAGUCUAUGGUCUCAGCUUCCUCCUGCCCUCCAAAUACCAGGCCAAUCCACCCAAACCUACUGAUUCCUCUGUACACUUAACAGACACUCCGGAUAUGAAAGUAUAUGUCAAGAGUUACGGGGGCUGGAUGAUGUCACUUGUGGCCAAAUCACAGUCUGAUAGUCUGAAAACAUCGCUGGACAAUGUACAAGCUACUUAUGAAACAGAGUACCAUUAUAAUGUUGGCUAUAACAGCCCGAUGAAGAUUAUGAACAGACACAAUGAGGCCUGGUAUAUUGUUAAGGGUGAGCCUGUGUGUCCUAGGAGUGGAUAAUUUCUCUGAGCUUCAUCUCGAACAACUCUUUUAAAGAGCCACAGAGUGCAGAACUACAUGUACUCCUGUAGUCAUAGCAUGUUAAACUGCCUCACAUGGUCUUUUUGUUGUUGUUUUUUUAGUUCUUUUUUUGUUGUUUUUUUAAUGAGUAUAGGAUACAUAUUUAGCACAGUAUUAAAUCAUUAGCACAUAUACUGUAAAAGAGUUGAGUUUGGUUUAGUAGUCAACAUAAAAAAAAAGAAAGAAAACCGGCAUAUGUAAAAAAAAAAAAUGUCAACCUCCAAGGGAUGAUAUUUGGUCUAUAAGCAUGUGUUAUAAACAUUUGUUUAAAAAAAACAAAAAAUAAAAAUAAAAACCAGAUCUUGUGAUUUAUUGAAAUGUUUCUUUACAAAUUAUGGGUCAUAUGAUUAAAUUACAUUUAUGUUUAUAUUAAUAUAUAACCUGCUGGCUGAAAACUGGCCUCUUGCUAAAUUUACAUUUGACAGACUUGAUGUGAUGGAUGCAGUUAAUGACCAAUGGUAAAAGGUUUAUUUGCACAGAAGCCAUUGAACACUUAUGGUUGCACUACCUUCAUGCCAAUUUUCACAAAAUGUAGUUGAUAGUAUAUAAAUUCUGAAUUGCAAGAUGAUCAACCACUCACAAUUGAAUCUACUGACUCAUGGAUAUUGACUUGUGAAGAAUUGAAAUCUUUUAUUACUUAGACGUGGGAUAUAAAGUAACCACUAAAAUAUAUAUCAGUUCAUUUGCUUUACAAACUAUUUCCUCUUACUUUCUGGCCAUGGAUAUAAAAAAGUGCACCUAAUUGCAAUUGCUUCUAAAUAAAAUGUAGCCUACGUGUU